AUGGCGGAAAAAGUGGUCAUUAUCAUCGAUGAUGAUGAAGAUGAACCAGAAGCUCGACCAAAAGACAACGAAGUCAUUAUAAUAGACAGUGAAGGAAGCAUGGGUGCUUCAAUAUCUGGUACAAAUUUAUUAAAUCCUCCUUCUAGAAAACGGCAUCGUAUUUUGUCAUCAGAUAUAGAUGACGACGAUGUUCUGGUUACCGCCUUUGAACCAAAGAAAGGAUGGCUGACGAACCCUACUAUAAAGAUUAAAACUGGUGGCUUGCAUUUCCCUGCAUCAGGAUGUAGUAAAUGCAGUACAUGUACCAGCAAUACGGGUAAUAAAGGGAAUGGUUCACCUGCCUUUGAUAAAAAUUAUCAAGUGGCACUUCAAUCGAAUGGCGGCAUUACAGCUCAACAGUCGUCAGUCCUUAAAUCUGUUAAUCCACAUGCAACCACCUCACCUGGAUGUAGGACUCCUAUCAAUACUUGUACUCCUGUUUGUUCAGUCAUGUCUCACUCUACUACAUAUACUCCCAACACAUCACUUACCAAUCAUUCUAUCACUCCCACACCUUCGGAUAUAAAUAGUGUACAUGUACCUACUCCACUCUCUACUGUAAAGCAACCGGCCAGUAGUAAGAAAUCACGUUCGAAAUCCAAACGGCGUCAAAAGCCCAAGGCUAAGACCAUGACAAAAACCGACACUAGCAAGUCUGAUGGUGAUGAAUCAGACUACAAGUCUUCACUCUCAAUCCCAAUGUUCUGUAUUCGAUCCACUGGGGAUAUAUCAACUCUACCUCUCGUCACGCAAUUUAUAGCUUCCUCAUCUGUUCCUUUUAUUUCUUGUGAUGCACCCUCUUGGUGGUCUGAGUCGAAGUUAUUUAAUAUCAGUCUUGAAGAUCCAGAGGCCAGAACUGUUGUAUAUCCUUUAGAAUAUUCCGGUUUUCAAGUCUUGAAAGUAGAAAGGAUACAGACGCUUCAUUUAUGGAUACGAUAUUUGAGUGAAGUCAAGCUACUCAUUCAUUCGAGAGGAGAGAAUUUUAAGCUGAAUGAAGCUCUUCUUUAUCAUUGUUCUAAAGGUAGUAAAAAUGCUAUAUGUGAGGAGGGACUGGACGUGAGGCUGACACAUGGAGGCAACUUUGGAAGAGGGAUAUACUUCAGCGAUAAACCUAUAAAGUGUCACCAUUAUUCUACGGGAACAAUGUAUGUCUGCAAAGUUAUUCUUGGAGAUACUAAGGUGUAUAGUCAAGGACAUAUUGAUAUAGCAUUAACACGUGAACCAACAAAAUCGAAUGAGCCUGGAUCACAUUACGACUCUGUUAAGGGAUUUGUUACAGUUGGCGAAGAAUAUGUAAUUUACAAUAGCUAUCGUUGUAUACCAUUGUAUGUCAUUGAAUAUGCCCAGAAAUGAAACUACUAAUCUUUUUAAUAUUGUAUUAUAAACAAACAUGAUUUAUUUAAUCCAACUUGAUCAUUUCUAAUUCAUUAUUUAAUAGCUGUAUUAAUUGAUGUAAAUAUAUGAAUUAUUGUCUUAAUAUAAUUAUUGAAUUAUCA